AUGUUUCUAAUCAUUAUAUUAUUUUAUUUUCUCACAUUUUUUAAACAAUACAUUUUUGCAAUACAAUGUUUCUCUUGUGCUUCAGAAGAAUACGAAACUUUAUAUAAAAAAGGAGCAUUUAAUUUUAAUUAUAAACCACAAAAUCUUUUUCAACCACGAUUUGAUUAUGCAUGCGAUAACAGUUAUGAAACAACUAAUUUUGUUCCAGUUAAAGAUUGUUCUACAAAUUGUGUUGUUGUUUUAGAAAAACAAUAUUUUGGUGGAAUUCUUAAUGAAAAUAGACCAUAUUUAUAUAUUAGAGGAUGUGCUUCUGAUGUUUUUCAAGCAGGAGAUAUUCAUUCACCAGAAAUACAAUUUUUACAAAAAAGUAAAAUUUGUUUACCUUUAAUGGUUUCACAAAUAUGGCCUCAUAUUGAAAGUAAUGAAUAUAUAACUGCCUGUUCUUGUGAUGAAGAUGGAUGUAAUAAUUUUGUCAAUGAACUUAACAACUCUUCUAAAUUUAAUAUAAAUAUUGGAAUAUUUAUAUUAUUUCAAUUAAUAGUAAUAUUAUACAGGAUAACAUUAUAA